CUAUACCUAUGUUCAUACGAAUAUCUAAACUCUAUGUUCUCUGCUUCGAACCAAGAUGCAUCCACAUGUUUUAUUUUAUUCAGCACUGUUCAUAAUUUUCAGUAUCUGGAAUAUGCCGAUUGGAGGAUAGGUACUCCUUUUGGUGUUUCUUUUCUUCUUAAGUUUAGCUGGACGAAAACACCUCCUUCUACCUCAUCUACCCUGGCAAUUCCAUUGUUUUCUCUAGAUGAUCUCAAAGCAGCUUUAUGGAGAAGAGGUCCUGAUAGCUUGGGAAGCAAGAAGGUUGUUCUUCGUUCAAAGAUUUCAUCCUCCGCUGAGGGACAUGAUAUUCUAUCGCUUGCAGAGGGAGAAGAAGCGAUAAAUAGUGAUUUGCAGUUUUGUUCUAAUUCAUGUUAUUGUAGUUCUUCUGUAAGUGAAGAACCAUGUAAGGUAGGUAAUGGUCUUGAUAGAUCUAAAUGUAUUGCUGAACUACAUUUUAUUGGUGCCACAUUGCAACUUAGGGGUGUAACUCCUAUUAAUCAGCCACUGGUGGAUACAUCUGGGAAUAUCCUUGUUUAUAAUGGUGAAAUAUUUGGAGGAAUUCAUGUUAGCAGUGAUAGCAAUGAUGCUGAAGUUCUAAUGGAAUAUCUAGCCAAGUGCUGUUCCUCAAGCCCACAGGAACAUAUAAGACCAUGCAGCAGUGGGAAUGAGCAAAAUUCUGUUCCCGCUCUUCUUUCAACAAUUAAGGGACCCUGGGCUUUAAUUUAUUGGCAGGCUAGUUCAAGAACUGUGUGGUUUGGUCGAGAUGCUUUUGGAAGGCGGAGUCUUCUUGUUCACUGGCCAACUUCUAUGGAUUCUCGUCUUCUGUUAUCCUCUGUAGCACCACCACAUUCCAUCAAUAAGAGUUCAGAUCUCGGAGAAGAAUUUGGAAUGAGUGAAUUAAACUUCUGGGAAGAGCUCCCUUGUGGGGUAUAUAGUAUACAAUUAGGUGCUGCAAAGUUGGAUGCUAAUGUGUUUGGUGAAGUCAAAAGACAUGAAUGGACCGAUCCUAUGUUAAAUGAACUGAUCAAGUUUGAGAGAACAUCUGUUCUACCUAAACCCGAGGUGUUGAAUGGUUCUGAACGCCUCCUACAAACUUCAAAAGAAUUGCCAGCACAGGCAUUUCUGAUUACCCUGAGAGAAGCUGUGAUUGCACGCAGUAAAUUAAAUUUGACUUUCAAGGCAGAGAAGUGUGAUAAUAAACAAAAAGGUGAUGCUCCAGUGGCUGUGCUUUUUUCUGGUGGACUGGAUUCGAUGAUACUUGCAGCACUACUGGACGAGUGCCUGGAUCCCAAAUAUGAAAUUGAUCUGCUUAAUGUAAGUUUCGAUAAUGAGUCUGCCCCUGACAGAAUUUCUGCCCGGGCUGGUGUAAAGGAGCUGAAAAGAAUUUCCCCAUUAAGAAGGUGGAAACUUGUAGAGAUUGAUGCUGACUUGUCAAACUUAACUUCGGAGACCAAGCAUGUCAUGUCACUGAUAAAUCCUGCAAAGACUUAUAUGGACCUUAAUAUUGGUUUAGCAUUAUGGUUGGCAGCUACUGGUGAUGGUUGUGUGUAUGAUGAAGGCAUUUACAGUAAUAAUGCUGAUAAUUAUAAUAAUCAGGAUUAUCGACGGGUUAAGUACAAGUCUGAGGCCAGGAUCCUCCUUGUUGGUUCUGGUGCAGAUGAGCAAUGUGCAGGCUAUGGGCGGCAUAAGACAAAGUACAGGAAUGGAAGUUGGAUUGGGCUACAUGAAGAAAUGAAAUUAGACAUGCAGAGAAUUUGGAAAAGAAACCUAGGAAGAGAUGAUAGGUGUAUUGCUGAUAAUGGCAAGGAGGCUAGAUUUCCUUUCUUGGACGAGCAUGUUAUAAGAAGUCUGCUUGAUAUUCCUUUGUGGGAGAUUGCUGAUCUUGAUCAACCAAGUGGAAAGGGGGAUAAGAAGAUUCUCAGAGAGGUUGCUCGAUUGCUGGGUUUACAUGAAGCUGCUGUUCUACCUAAAAGAGCCAUCCAGUUUGGUUCGAGAAUUGCUCGGGAAUCGAACCGCAAGAAUUUUGGAAGUAAUCGUGCAGCAAACCAAGCAUCUGCAGGAAGUGUGGAUAUUUACCAGCAACCAAAUUAAGUUGACAGGUGGUGUAAAGAAGCCCAAUGCCUUCGUGUGUUUAGUGGUGUGUUGUUUAGAGCUUAUUUCUGGUGACAACACUGAUGAGAAGUUGGGAGCAUUUGCAACAUUUUCCCUCUCUCAAUGAUGAGGCUGAAACUAUAUAUCAGAUGGGCCUGGGAGAUUUGUGCGGGUUCUGCAAAUGACAGGGGCGUCCUCUAAUUUGAGGGAUCCAUGUUUGGCUAUUGUUAACUCCUACUUGUUAUCAGCCUUGCCAUGAAUUACAGUUGUAGUUUUUGGUAACUAAAACAUGGCAAAAUUAUACAAAUAUUGUUGGAUCACAAA